AUACAAUCGUGAUUUUGGACCAACUGGACCAUUGGAACUUUUACCGGAGGGUUGAUCGGUUUAGUCGCCGGUACCGUAUUUAAGCGGUAACAAUGACCUAUGUUACAUCUUAAAACCACCGACACACACACACAAUCUGCUCUCAAUGUCAUCGGCGGUGAGGUCAUGGAGAACGGCGUUCCUGACCCUGAGGGACGAAACCCUGUGUUCACCUCCCGGUGCUACCGUCCUCCGCCUCCUCAACCAGCUCAUCUUGUCCCAAUCCAAUACCCUCAUAGCUGCCUCGCUGGACUUGUCGCCUCAUGAGGCUACUUCAGACUUUAUGCUGUUGAUGGAGUUGGCUGGGAACAUUUCUCAAUGCCAGAGCGCCGGAGAUGUUAUUCUGCCAUUAACUGAAUUGUCUCAAUUGGAGUUCAAUGGUCUUACUCAAGAGCCUGACGUUGUUUUGAUUCAUGGCAUCAGCCAUUGUUCUUCUUUGGAAAUCAAUUCAAAGUCUUGGGCUCCUGUGUUUGACUCUUUCAAAAGGAUAGUACAAACUCUCAUUAGCAUGGGCAAAUCGGAUCGUGUGCUAAUUGGAAACAUUGCCAUACUUAAAGCCACGUUGGACUGUUUAGAAAGUAUACGAUGCCUUUUUGGUUUAUAUCAAGCAGCUGCACUACUCUCAGAAAAUGAACAACUACUGGCUUUUCUUCUUCAAGUGGUUGGUCAUUUUCAUGGGGAGUCAAUAUAUGACAAACAUGUAGCACGUGGAGUUGUAUGCGAAGUCCUAACAACCGCAUUUGCUAUGAUUGGUGAGGCAUACUCGAGACUGGGUUCUUCUUUACCAGUUGACGCAUGGCAGUCAACAAUUGAGGUUCUCAGAAAAGUUAUGGACAUUGUGGCAUCUAAGAUCCAUCUAUUGGAGGAUAACAAUAUUGCCAUGUUCUAUAUUGAGCUACUUCGUUGUCUGCACUUAGUUCUGACAGAGCCAAGGGGAAAUCUGGCAGGCCAUGUGGCUGGCUUUGUAGCAGCAUUGAGGAUCUUUUUGCAUUAUGGUCUUUUAAAUAAGCCACAUGUUGUGAAUCAAGUAACUAACCACAAGAAAGAAGUUGGCUCUACUAGCAGAAACCUACAUGUUGAAGUAUCAAAUAGAUCGAGAAGUGAUCCUUAUAGGCCGCCGCACUUGCGAAAAAAAAUUGUGGGAAGACAGCAGUUUAGCCAUGAAGAUGGCACGUUUUCUCCUAAACAUGAUAUUGUAUCAUCGGACUCAGAUUACAGUGAUAAUGAUGGAUCAGUGAUAGAUAAAAGCAGUGCUCUGUUUGCCAAGGCUAGGUUAGCUGCUAUUCUUUGCAUCCAGGAUCUCUGCCAAGCUGAUCCCAAAUCUUUCACAGCCCAAUGGACCAUGCUCUUGCCAUCCAAUGACGUGCUACAGCACCGGAAAUAUGAAAGUACUCUGUUGAGUUGCUUGCUUUUUGAUCCUAAUUUUAAGGUUCGGACUGCAGCCGGCUCUACUAUUGUUGCAUUGUUGGAUGGCCCUGCAUCUGUUUCCCUUCAGGUAGCAGAAUUUAAGGGGCACUCCAAAUGUGGGUCUUUCACAGCACUUUCUAGUUCUUUGGGCCAUAUCUUAAUGCAGCUACAUACAGGUACACUGUAUCUAAUUAAACAUGAAACCCACGGUAGGAUGCUCGCAUUGUCAUUCAAAAUUCUGAUGCUUCUGAUAUCAUCUACACCUUAUUCGAGAAUGUCUACAGAGCUACUACCAGGGGUUAUCUUCUCAGUUCAAUCAACUAUCGAAGAGGGUUUUCCACAUCAAAGCGAUCGAAAUAGCUUGCUGGCAGCUGCUAUUAAUUGUUUAUCUCUAGCUCUUUCUGUGUCUCCUUCCUCAACACAUGUCAACAGUAUGCUGCUGGGAGAAAUUUCCACAGGAUCACUUGAAGGUCAGAAGAAGACUGGUGUACUGAAUAUCUUAUUUCGAUAUUCUGAACAAUUAUCAAUCCCACAAACAAGUUUAGAAGCGUUUCAGGCUCUUAAAGCUGCGGCACACAAUUAUCCGAAUGUAAUGGCUUUGUGUUGGGAACAAAUUUCCUCAAUUACUUACCGAGUUCUGAGCUCGGGUACAGAUGUUCCUGUGAAAUCUUGGAGGGCUGAGGUUGACAACACUGCUGCCCCAGUUAAGGAGAGAGGCACAGCAGCUGCAGUCAAGGUUCUUGAUGAGUGUCUUCGUGCGAUUUCUGGUUUUAAAGGAAUAGAGGAUCCUUCAAAUGAUAAAGUUCUUGAUAGUCCAUUUACAUCUGACUACAUGAAAACAACAACAAUUUCAUCCGCACCAUCGUACAACUUAAAGAUCCCUACAUCAACUGAUGAUGAAACUAAAGCAUAUACUUUAGCAAGUGAACGCUGGUCUGAAGCAAUAAACAAGCAUAUGCCUCUUAUUAUCAAACAUUCUUCAGCUAUGUCUCACCUCCCGCCCAGCUUGCCUCACCAGCCGGAGCCGCCUUUGCUUCUCCGGCGGUUCUCACGCGCCGGCGCAUGGAGGCUUGUGCAUUGCCAGAAAUUUUUUUUGGCCGACUUCCAGUUGCUCGCAAUUCUUAUUUGCUAUCGUUCAUCUCGCGUAAUUUUUUGGCUGAUAUAUAUCAUGGCGGAGACUAAAGUUGCUUCUGAAAUUGUUCUUAUUUUUAACAAACUUACUGUUAAGCUUAAUGGCUUCAUUUUUCUUGGUUGGAGGAAAACUUUUACGGUCCAUUUGCGAAGCAUUGAUAAGGACGACCAUCUUGAUUUGGAUCCUCCUACGGAUGAUACCAAACUAGCCUGGCUCCGAAAUGAUGCAAAGCUAUUGGUAAGAGCUGCAUCAGUGACCUGUUUUGCUGGAAUGACUUCUUCCGUUUUCUUUGCCCUGCCCAUGGAUAAACAGGAAUUUAUUAUAAGUUCUUUGAUUAACGCUGCUCUAAAUGAUGAGGUUCCUUCAGUUAGGUCAGCUGCUUGUCGAGCCAUUGGUGUUAUUGGAUGUUUCCAACAUAUUUACAAUAGUGUAGAGGUUCUGGAAAAGUUUAUCCAUGCUGCAGAGCAUAAUACGCAUGACUCACUGGUUUCUGUGCGUAUUACAGCUUCGUGGGCCUUAGCAAACAUAUGUGAUUCUCUUAGUCAUUGUAGCGAUUCACUUGAUGCUGGAAAAGUGUCGAGGAGAAGUGGUGAAUUGAUAUCAUUGCUAGUUGACAGUGCCUUGCGGCUGGCAAGGGAUAAUGACAAGGUAAAAGCAAAUGCUGUUAGGGCUAUGGGAAACCUUUCAAGGUGUAUCCGGUUUACAAGUCCAACACUUGUGCAUGAUGAUCCACUGGAUCAUACACAUAUUGCAAUUAAAAAUGUGCCCAAGGAUGAUACUGAAGAACGGUCAGUCUCGUUCGCUUCAGCUUCUACGAGGAAUCUCACUUGUCUUGAACAGAUGGUGCAGACAUUUCUAUCUUGUGUUACAACUGGGAAUGUAAAGGUCCAGUGGAAUGUAUGCCAUGCAUUGAGCAAUCUAUUUUGCAACAAAACUUUGAAACUGCAGGACAUGGACUGGGCUGCUUCUGUUUUUAGUAUCCUUUUACUACUGCUUCGGGAUUCUUCUAAUUUCAAGAUUAGGAUACAAGCUGCAGCUGCUUUGGCUGUACCAGGAACUAUAGAUGAUUAUGGAAAAUCUUAUUACGAUGUUGUCAAAAGUGUGGAGCAUGUAGUUGAGAACUUCAAAUCUGAUAAGAUUUCAGAGCCUUCUAAUUUCAAAUAUUGGGUCGUGCUUGAAAAGCAGUUGACUUCAACCAUGUUGCAUCUGCUAAGUCUUGCUGCCAAGUCCGACCACCAAGCUAUACAAGGUUUUCUAGUGAAAAAAGCAUCAUUUCUCGAGGUCUGGAUUAAGGAUUUGUGCUCAUCACUUGGGGAAACAAGUAACUUGUUUGAUGAGGCAAAAAAAGUGGUGUCUACGGAACAGAAAAGGGACGCAGUAUUGAGAACUAUACGGUCACUGAUUGAUGUCUACGAAUGCUGUAAUUACCGACAAAUUGCACAAAAGUUUGACAGUUUGGCCACUAGCUUGUUAUAGAAUGUGUCGUCUAGUCAGUAAUUGUAAAAUGGUUAAAGGGUUUCUCAAAUAGUAGACUGCAUUUUAUUUGAAUGAGGAGCUCCCUGUUUUUUAUUUCUUAUUUUCCCCUUCCCUCAACUUUUGUGAUUGCCGAUUUGUUAAAUGGAUCGCUAAGAGCAUGUUUGUUCAUGGAAAUUUUUUGUUUUGUUUGAAUUUUUUGGUUUGAUUUGGUUAAUUUUGAAAAAAGUGGUAUGAUUAAUUGUUAGUGGGAAUAUUAAAAUAAUAUUUAAAAUAAAAUAAUUAAAAUUGAUUUGAUGUAAAAGUAGGAGAGAGAUGAUUGAAGUGAUGGUUAGUUAAAAUAAUGUGAGUGGA